AUGCAGACGUAUCCGAAAACAGAGGCGGCAUUCAAGGACAUGGUUUCCACCUUCCUGGUCUUCUCCAAGAAGGGACGGAAGUACCUCCGCGAUGUGCAAUACACUGGGAACCUCCUCGUCGACUUCAACAUCACCGCCUCGAGGGGAAGGUACCAGCACAUCCACUUCAACGAUGGGGUGGAGAAGCGGCGGGGGAUCGACGAGGUGGAGGAGGUGCUGCACUCGGUGCGGUUCAGGUUCCGGGAUCCCUUCAGGGGAUGCCUCGGGCCCGACUAUCUCGCCAUCCGGAAUGAUCAGGAAAGUCAUAUCGAUUUUUGGUCUUGA